AUGUUCAAUCCACCAAUCUUGUAUGCAACGGAGUUCGACAACCUUUCAUCGAUUGCAGCUACGGUUGGAAUUCCAAUCGGCGUACUGGAAUCAGUUAUUCAGGCCAACGAUCUCUCAAACCCAGCGACAGUCGUGCCCAACGAACACCACGAGGAUGCUUUCGAGCAAGCUGUCAGAUCGAAUUUGCAGAAACGCGCCAUUGGUGAUCUCAGAACUCCUACAGUAACUCUAUGCGAUGAGAUUGGAGAGAACAUCCGUCUCAUCCACUGCCGCCCCGAUGGGGGGGACUCCACAAGAUUUCAAGUCUCAUGUGACGGUGAACCAAUGAUUUGGGAAUACCAAAACUGUGAAAAUCACGAGAUUUGUAUUGAUGUCAAUCCUUAUGGAAGUGGAGUCUUAUGUGAGACUGUAUCGGAUCCCGCAGGCGAAAUCGAAGACCCAGAUCCGGAGGAACGGGGGAAAGACGGAGAAGCGCAAGGCAAUGGAGUUGUGGGAAUGCACAAACGUCUCAGGGGAUCGAGACACACGGGCGCUGUCAUUAUUAAUCCAAAACGACCAAGAUCUGGAGGUUCCUCACGUCAAAGAACUAUGAGCCUCACUGCGUUCUUGCUGACACCUAGUGUCCCGUAUGAAACUUCACAGCAUCCAUGGCUUGUCAAGCCCACAACUGCGAUUACAUGCUCUGUCAACGGAACAGGCGAAAAGCUUUGCGAAACGGACUUGAGCAGCACGAGCAUGAAUACUUACACUUGCGUGUCCACUGCUGGCAAGCAUAUUGUGGACGACUCGUCGGUGAUUUCCUGUACGUUCCGACUUGCGGCAACACAGACAGCUGUCUUUGUCAGCGUUGGCAUUUGGCGUUACGUCUCAAAUACAAAGACAAUUGGCUAG